UCUCCACAGCCAUAACCUUUGUCUUGUAAACUCUGAAAACAAUUUCAUCUUUCUUUUUGCCUGUCCAACAAGCCAAUGGCGGAUAUUGUCCUAUCUAGCAUUACCGAUGAGAUCAUUGGGAGGUUAGCUUCUGCAGCUGUGCAAGAAAUCGGAUUGCUCUGGAGCGUAAAGGAUGAGCUUUUGGAACUUGAAGAAACCAUGUCAACAAUAAAAGCUGUACUUCUUGAUGCAGAGGAGAUGCAGACCCAUAACCAUCAGGUCAGAUCUUGGCUCAAGAGGCUUGAAGAUGCUGUUUGUGAAGCUGAUGACUUGAUGGAUGAGUUCAAUACUAAGGCAGCUUUGCAACAACAAGGAAUGCUUGGAAAUGAAAUGACCAAGCAGGUAUGUUCUUUCUUCUCAGCCUCAAAGCAAGUUGCUUUUCGACACAAGUUGGGUCACAAAAUAAUAGCUAUUAAGAAAAAACUAACUACCAUUAGAGAUGAUAGAAGCUUCCAUCUGGAGGAAAGACCCGAAGAGACUAGAGUUGUGACUAGAGGGAGAGAGCCUACUCACUCUUAUGUGCCUGAAGAGGAAGUUAUAGGGAGGUAUAGAGACAGAAUGGCAAUCAUAGAAUAUUUGAUGGAUGCCGAAAUUGAAGAGAAUGUAGGGGUAAUUCCCAUAGUUGGUACUGGAGGGCUAGGAAAAACUACACUUGCUCAGGUAGUGUUUAAUGAUGAGAAGGUUGAAAAGCAUUUUGAUUUGAGAAUGUGGGUGUAUGUAUCUCAAAGUUUCAAUAUAAAAUUACUUGUUGAGAAAAUUAUUAAGUCUGCAACUAAUAAGGGCUUGGAAAACUUGGAGAUAGAUCAAUUGCAAAAGGUGCUUCAAAAAGAAAUAAGUGGAAAAAAAUAUCUCCUUAUACUAGAUGAUGUAUGGAAUGAAAACCGUGAAAUAUGGCUAAGUUUGAAAAUUUUAUUAUCAAAUUGUAGAAAGGGGAGUAGAAUAAUUAUAACUACUCGUAGUCUUGUGGUUGGAGAGAUUACAAGUAGCAUGAAGCCAUAUAUUCUGGGGAGAUUAAAUUAAGAUGAAUCUUGGGCUCUAUUUAAAAAGGUGGCUUUUAAUCAUGGAGAAGAGCCAAAAAAUUACAAUAUCGCAGUAAUUGGGAAGGAAGUUAUUGAAAAAUGUGGGGGGUUUCCUCUUGCCAUAAGGACAAUAGGAAGGAUGUUGUAUUUUAAAAAUCCAGAAACAGAAUGGUCAUCCUUCUUCAAAAUGGAAUUUUCAAAGAUCCCUCAAGAAGGAAAUGAUAUUUUGCCAACCCUUAAACUUAGUUAUGAUAAUCUCCCAGCAGAUUUGAAACAUUGUUUUGCCUUUUGUAAACUCUUUCCAAAGGGUCAUCAAAUCAAUGUAAAUUUGCUAAUAAAUCUUUGGAUGGCACUAGGAUUUGUUAAGACAUUAGAUUCAACUAAGUCUUUGGUAGAGGUUGGCCAUGAGUACUUUAUGGAUUUACUUUGGAGAUCAUUCUUUCAAGAAUUAAAAGAAGAUGAUGAAGGCAGUAAAACAUGCAAAAUGCAUGACCUCAUGCAUGAUCUUGCAACGCAAGUGGGAGAAGCAAUAUAUGCUGUUCUGGAAACAAAUAAAAAAAGUAAUUUCAACAAAGUCACUCGUCAUGUUUCUUUUGAUUUUCAUUUAGAUUCAUCAGAGAAAGUUCCAACUACAUUGCUCGAAGCAAACAAGAUUCGAACAAUUCUUUAGCUUCGUCAAUCAUCGCGUAAAAUUCAGGGAAGACGUGGUCAAUCAGUUUGUGAUGUAAUUGUAUCAAGUUUCAAGUCUGUCCGCUUAUUGGAUCUUCACAGUUUAGGGAUUAAGAUAGUGCCAAAUUGUAUUGGCAAGUUGAAGCAUCUAAGGUAUCUUGACCUAUCCGAAAACGAAGACAUCAAGAUGUUGCCGGACGAUGCUUUAUAAUUUGCAAACGUUGAAACUUUCGUAUUGCACGAAGCUCCAAGAAUUACCACGAGACUUGAACAAGCUAGUCAACCUUGUAAGCCUUGAGAUUGAUAUGUGCACCAGUCUGACUCAUAUGCCAGGUGGACUUGGUCAACUGACUAACCUUCAGACAUUAUCACGGUUCGUAUUGAAGGAAGGCACUAGCCAUACUACUAUUAAGUCCAAGCACAGUUGUGAUCAUGAGGUGGGUGAGCUAAGUGACUUGAUGGGACUAAACAAUAUUAGAGGAAAGUUGAGUAUUAUCAACUUAGGAAAUGGAGAUCAAGAUAGUAAGGCUGCAAAUUUAAAGGAUAAACAACAUCUUUGCAGUUUAUGUCUAUGUUGGCAUGUGAAUUAUUAUUAUGCUAAAUUGUGUGAUGAUUUAUUUGAUGGUCAUAUAAAUUUAAAUUAUGAUUUACAUUUACCAAGUUAUUUGAAGGAUGUGGAAUAUGAAGCAACACUGGAAGGCCUCCAGCCUCACCCAAAUUUGAAGGAAUUGUGUUUGCAAUACUAUGAGGGUGUGGAGUUUCCAAGUUGGCUUCCAUCACAUGCAAAUCUUGAAUAUUUGUUCCUGAAAAAUAGUCUAAAAUGCCAGUAUUUGCCGCCACUAAAUGGAUUGGUUUCUCUAAAGAAACUGAAACUAGGCAACAUGCUUGGUCUAGAGUACAUUUCAAACGGCCCCCCUGAGCCAUCUAGGACGUCAGUUUUACUGCCGGCGUUGGAAAUGUUGGAAUUUACCCUUUUGCCCAAUCUAAAGGGAUGGUGGAGGACGACGGAUAUUAAUAAUGGCAAAGAUGGCGUAUCAAUGAAUGAUCACGUCUCACUUUCACUUCCACGUCUCUGUCAUUCAGUUAUUAUUAAGUGUCCAAAGUUGAGCUUUUUGCCCCUAUCCCCAAACAUAAAAAGUUUGGCGGUGCAGAACAAUACAUGGAAGCCAUUCCACCUGGCAGUACUGACCGCAUCCACAUUCUCCAAUUUGAGCUUACUUUCUCUUUCCGAUAUUGAAGAUUUACAGUCUCUUCCAGAAUGGUUCAAAUGCCUCACUUGUAUCCGAAGCUUAGGUAUCAUGGAGUGCAAUAACUUGACGUCUUUGUCUCCUGGUAUUCAACAGCUUGCUUCCUCACUUGAAAAUUUGAGAAUUCAGGGUUGCCAACAACUUGACAUGUUUAAUGAUGUUGGUGACCCUAACUUCUGGGAAGCCCUCACAAGUCUACGUGCACUGGAUUUGUCAUUUUUACCUCAGUUGAGGACUCACCUGCCUCAAGGGGUUCAACAUCUUACGAGCUUGCAAAAACUUACGAUUGAUUACUGCAGCAAUUUGAUUAGUAUUGAUUCAGAGUGGAUGACCAACCUCAAAUCUCUCGAUGCACUCAUGAUUCAUGCUUGCCCAAAUUUAACAUCAUUGCCCCAAGGAAUACGUCACCUCACAUCUUUACACACACUGGAGAUUGUAGAUUGUCCGAUCUUGUUCAAAACAUGUCAAACUGAUAUAGGCGAGCAUUGGCCUAAGGUUGCUCAUGUCCCUAAUUUCAUCUUGAACUUAACCACUAUUUCAGAUGAUGAUGAUGAUGGUUCCCCGAACCACCUCUACUUUUCUAGGGUGCAAUUGGAACGUGUUUAACAGGAUCGUGAUACCAUAGUUUUCCAACAAAAGAACUUAAUAAUGAAUCUGAUGAUCAGUUUGUGUAGCAACUUCUUAAAAGUCUACAGAUGCUCCAUUUGGAAAAUAAAUUACCUCAGAUGAAGACUCUCCCUGAGGGGCUUCAACAUGUUACCAGCUUGCAGUAAAAAAAAAAAGGUGAAAAUUUGGUUGCAAUUCCAGAAUGGAUGAGCAACCUCAAAUCCCUCUAUCCACUCCAUUCUAGAAGAUGCUUAAGUUUGAUAACACUGCCCCAAGGAAUUAGUCAGUUUACCUCUUUACACCAAUUGAAGAUCAAAGAUUGUCUCACUUAUUUGAAAGAUGCCCAAGAGAAACAGGAAGCAUGGUACGAUGCUGCAGAGUACAUGGUGAACGAAUGUGACUGUUAUAUAUGGUGGAUAGAGUGAUGGUCGAUUGAAUCUGUGUAGUAUAUUCAAUUCAAAGUCAUUAACGAAGCAAGAUGGUAAAAGAUUAGCCGAGUGUUGUUUCGAUUGGAAAAUGGAUAAUGGGAUCUUAUAAUAAGGUUGUCCCAUCGUAUUCAAAAGAUGCAAAAGAGAUAUAGGUGAGUAUUUUUCUAAGGGUGCUCAAAUCCCAGAGUUAAUCUUGAAAUCAACUACUUUAAAUGUUGAUUCUCAAUCCUCUAACUUUCUAGGUACUUGUUCAUACACCAUUCUACUUAUUCUUAUUAAUUGUUUUUCUUUCUGUGACAAAUUAGAAGAAUUUUCUGAUCACCUUUGAUUUCAACUUUGUAUGUGUAUCCAGUGCAGGAUGUAAUUGUAAAAUAUUUAACAAGUUUCGUAUAUCACAAUUUUUGUAAGAAAGGAAUGUCAUAAUGUGUCCAUAUCGUAUUUGAAGAUUGAAGCAUGAAACAAACUUGAGCUAAUUAACUGAGUUUGGUUAAAAACAUUUGGAUGUACAAUUUUGCGAGUUCUCGUAUAAUAGGUUGAUGUGGAGCAUUUUGUAGUUACAAUGAUAAUUUAAAAGAAAGAAGUGAAAUUUGACACGGCAUAAAGCAGAGUAAAAGUAUGGUGGAGUAUGCUUAAUUUGAUCCUCCUCACCAACACUGGAUUGGCAUCAAACACCAGUGGACCAUGGUUAGACCUGUUACAGAAGAAACUUGGUUUACUGUGUCCUAAAACAAUUGCAAACAUUCUGAGGUCAUAAAGGUUGUGCCCAGUCUCUCUAAUCAGUGUAUUACCUUCAUUUUUAUAUGACCAACUGGGCAGUAGUGAUAUAUGAGUGAACUAUCGCAAUUAUUCUCAAUGAAAACUAUUGCUGAAGAGUGGCCUACUAUUUAAGUAAGAGUUGCAUUUGGUCGAUAUUUAGUGGCGGCAGAGAUUAAAAUCCCAAUCCUCUGCUUGUUCGGGUAAAGUUAAGUCCGUUAUGAAUCUGUUUCCUGAUUCGCUGUCAUCUUGAUAUUCUUUUGAACCACUUCAAAAUCUUUAAUAAAUUAUUUUCUUUUUUGGAGUUUGUAAUACACCAGGGCUUCAAAUUUUGUAUCUAAAAUGCCAGUUAUUAUAGCUUCUAAUUGUUGUUUCUAAGAGGUAAAGCUUUAGAAAUAAUUGGAUCGUAGUGCAAAUCUUUUCAACUACUCAAGAAUUAAGAAUGCAAUUGUGUAUAUUUCAUGGCUCUUCAUAUGAAUUUUCUGUUGUGCAUGUGAUAUAAUUUUUAAUAUGUUUCUUCAUAAUAAUAAAUUAAAAUUUUGAUCUCAACAUAGGUUGAUGAGGUGGUGCACCUUGCUGUAGAAUGACAAUUGCUUAAAAGUGGUGAAAAUGACACUCCACCUCAUAAGACCUUUCUCCGAUCAGGGCUAGGGAUGACUGCUUCCCAUAAGCAGGUUCUGAGUUAUCAAAAAGUGUCAUCUUGCUUGUGUCAUUCAGCCCGGCUAUUUUUGUUGAAAGAGAAGCCUAUAGAUUGUUCAACAUAUACAUAACACUUACAUAAUGUACGGAUGUCGUAUGUGUAUAGGAAGAAGGGUAGAAUGCUGCAGAGCAUAGUAACUGGUGAAGAAAUGUGGCAGCCACGGAUACAUGGAUGGCUUAUGGAUUUCCUUGUCUAGUUGUCUACUCAUUUUACGCUACAAACUAGAAGGAGAAGGAGUACUAAUCUGCUCUUAUGACUUCAACUAUGAGUAUGGGGAUUUAAGUUGCAUAAAUUUUCAUAAAAACUCGUAUAAUUUUUUUAUACGAUGUUUGCACCUAUUAUGCAACUUCCUAGAGGUUAUAAUUGUUGUUUUAAGGGGUUAAACUCAGUUAUGUCCCCCCUUAUCUCUCUAGCACUAUCAUUUUCUUCUUUCUUUGGAUUAACCAACGAAAAACCCCAGAUUUCUAAGGGAAGAUGUAUUUGCAAUUUUAUCAUUAUGAACUUUGUACAAGGACUGUGUGUAUAAAGUUUUUUGGGAUUGAAUAAAGAGUAGCCCG